AAGCCUGUCACAGUAGUAAACUGCUUAAAAUCCAGGCUCGGGUGCGGGUUCUCCUUGCACCUAUUUUACCCACUAUCUUUCUCUGCGGGGGGUGGUGAUGGGUUCCCUUCUCUCAAAACUGUUUUUUAUGAAGCAGGUUUUGAAGUUCAGCUUUCAUGUCUCAACGCUUUGCACCAUGACGUUAACCACUUUGAAAAUAAACGCGCUGUUAAGAAUAUUAUCUCGUCAAUAUUAUCGGAAAGUGUAUUAGUGUGGGUUAGAGACAUGAAUUGGUUUAGUUGACUCUCAAGGUGCAGUGUUCUGUUUGGUUAUACUUAGACUUUCAGAUCGUUGUCUUGGGAAGUUCCGUUACAACGAACCCUGACACCAUUUAUUGAUUUAUGCAUCCACGUAACCUUUCACAUUUUGAUUCCGUCUUCAUUCGAUAAUCAAUAGCUUCCACUUAACCCUACUAAAUCUGAUCUUUUACGAAACUAGUAAGCCCCGUUUCAUUACUGAAUAACCUAUUUCCCUUGGCAGUCUAUUAUCUUGAAAGUAUGACUGUAAACCUUUUGUUUAAAAAAAAAAGCUGCUUGCAAUCUUGCAAAUUUCACUAAAGCAGUGCAUGGAGUUUGUAAAAUAAUGUUGUAUGUUUUUCACGAUGACUACUUCUCCCCCUCCUGUCUGUUCCCUGUUUGCUUGCUGUUUUUCUUUCCUCCAGUGAAGAUGCAGGAACUGUCUUCUUCUGCUCUGACCUAACCAACAGAACCCUGAUGAUGUUCUAGAAGCUGUUCUAGAACAGUUUGACACACAACUGAUGUGAAAAGUGUUUCAGUGUGGAAUAGACUUGAAACUGACCAAACCGAUCAAUUGCAGAAAUCCAGUCUGCUUUCCAGUUUGAUUUCUACUGUCCAUAGACCUGUCCCAGGGCGAGCCAGAGAGAAGACCAACCAGUAACCCUCCUGUGUGUUUCUCCUCUCCAACUCUUUCAGCUUUGCGUUGCUAUUGGAUCGUUGCGCUGCUCCCCUUUCCAGCCCGCUGAAUCCGAUUGGAGGGCUGGGAGUUGGGAUCCCGCCCCUGCAGCUCCUCUUAGGCCACGCCUCCCUGCAGCUGGCCCAGCUCGUUACCGCUACAACCUCCACUUCUGCCGCCAACCCCCCCCACCACCCUCCACUCACCUCCUCUCGCCCCCAUCAACCUCCUCACAGCAGCAGCUACCGUCAAUAACAUGUCCCGUCCCCUAUAUAACCCCUUAGGGGAUCAGUACUCUUCACAGGCCCAGAGAUCUGCCGCCCAGAUGGGGCAGUACGGACUCACACAAUCACAGGCCGGAAGGGACCCUCUGGGGGCCUCCCGCCUUGGUGUGGGGUCUGGUGGUGGUGGUGGUGGUUCCUCCGGCCAGGGAGGCAUGAUGACCUCGAUGGUGGCCCAGCAGAUGGGGUAUGACCCGGGGCAGAGAUCGACCGGGAUGACCCCGGAGAUGGAGACCUCCAUAGACCACCACAUCCGCGGGGCCAGAGAGGAGGUGAGGCUGCUCAGCAAGUUGAUGCAGCAGAAUAAGAACCAGCAGGUCUCACUGGACGCCCAAGACCUUCGCCUAAGUCGCGACCCCAUGGACGAGCUCUCGUCUGGGGGAGGGCUGGGAGGUUACACCCCUGGCCGGACCUCCAGCGACCAGCAAAGUUCCAUGGACCCCUGGUCUGGCUUCCUGACCCAGUCUGCUUCCUCCAAACUCUUCUCCUCCACCCUUCCUCAGUACCAAAGCCAAACCGCUGGGUUUGGAGGUGCGGGAGUGCUGGGGUCCACCUCAAGAGGUUCCGAGGCUCCCAUGAGCACCUCUUCCGCAGCCUCUCGUCCAGCCCGGUACACGUCUGAGUCCGCCAGCAGCAUCCUGGCGAGUUUCGGCUUGUCCAACGAAGACCUGGAGCUCCUCAGCCACUACCCAGACGAUCAACUGACCCCAGACAACCUGCCCUUCAUCCUCAGAGACAUCCGCAUCCGUAAGGCCAAUAGAACUAUCGAUGUGGACCCUCGGCCCAAGGUAGGCGGUGGACCUGGCCCAGGGUCCGACCACGGUGGUGGACAGAGCAAAGUGAUCGAUUACGAACAUUCUCGUGCUACUAAAUACGACAGUUAUGAUGAUGGUGAUAAUAGCCAACCCGAUAAUUACAGCUCGCGCAAUCCGCUCCCGAAAGAGAAGCCAAAAUAUGACAUGGUCAGAGACUCGCUGAGCGGGUACGCUGGCCAUUCCAUGACCUCCGACCUUUCCAAGCAGCAUACCCAACAGCAGCGCAUCCACAGACCUGCGGUCCAGAGCCCCAUCCCCAUGACAGACGCAGGCUCUCGCAUCGGCCUUCCUCCGCCUUCCAGCCAACCCCAGCAGACCCUCAAAACCCACGGCUCAUCCUCUGAAGCGACAUCGAAGCCCAUGAACAUCCCUGUCCGCAGCGGAGACCAAGGACUCAACCGACUCCUGGCGUCCCACAAUCAAAGCAACACUCGGGGCCACGCUCAGCCCCGGUCCGGCCUGGUGGUUCUUGGUGGUGGAGCUGGGGUCGGAAUUCCAGGACUCAGGGUUGGAGGUGUCCCGGUCGGGGUUCCUCCUGCCACGACACCCCCCAUUUGGCCUUCCAUAUUCCCCAUCAUGAACCCGUCAAUCCCACCUCCUGGUCAUGUCCCGGUGACUUUUCCUCCGCCCCGGAUUGGUCCGAUGCCUUCCAUGCACCAGCAGAUGAACCUACCUCCCCAGAUGAUGAUGAUGACGAAGAGGUUACCGACCCCGACCAUGAUGAGCGAUUACUCCGCAGCUUCUCCAAGAUUCUUUCCUCAUACCUGUUCUCUCUGUAACAUAGAAUGUGCCCAUCUAAAGAACUGGAUCGAGCAUCAAAACACCGGUCUCCACGUUGAGAAUUGCCGUCUACUCGGGACAUCGUAUCCCGACUGGAACGUGGAAACUGUCGCUGUAUCACGUAGAAAUGAAAGCAUCCAGUUGUCCUCCAAGCGCCGUCGGAGAACACGCUCCGCCUCCCGUUCUUCAUCCUGGUCUCGCUCUCCUUCUCCUCCUCCUCGCCCCUUCUCCUACCACACCCCUUCCUCCUCUACUCGCCGACCUCGAUCCAGGGAACGAUCCCGCGAACGUCGACACAACACCACCACCCGGCGUUCCCGGUCUCCGGGUUCACUUCGGGGCAGGGAGAGAGAACGUGACCCUCCGGCCUCGUCGUCUUCCCACCGGGAUCAGGAACGUCGACCUCAGACAGCCUCUUCAUCCCGGAGGUCGCGCUCGAGGAGCUAUGAGCGGGAGAGAGCGAGGGAAUGUCGGGAGACGACGAGGAGGAGCAGCCUGCCGAAGUCUAACAGUGCUGAGAGACUGGCCAAGAAACUACUGGAGUCAUCUGCUGGCCUCUCCCUGACGGAGAACACCAGUCUAGAAGUUAUGAUGCAGUCCCUCGCCCCGGUGCUCCUGGCAGAGCUCGCCAAGAAGAAGGGAGCCGCCGCCUCCUCCUCUUCCUCCUCGAAGGGAGGUGCCUCUCGGAAAACUGAAACGGGAAUGUCCAAGUCAGGAAGCAAGCUCGGAUCUGGAAGGUCAUCAACCAGGAAAUCGUCCUCUCCCUCCAAGUCAUCCAGCUCCACUUCUACCAAGAAGAAACGAGGCCCAGGGACCUCAGCUCUGUUAAAACUGAUGAAUAUCCCUCCGCGCACAGCUCAUGAUGAGGUGAUGAAGGCCGUAGAACCCUUCGGAAAGAUCAACUACAUCAUCCUGCUCAAGUCCAUACAGCAGGCAUCAGUAAUGUUUGAAAAAGAGGAGGAUGCCAGACUGCUGGCUAGCUGUAAGACUCUGACCAUCAAAGGCGAGGUCGUUAUCAUACGAAUGGAGGAAGAGACUCUGCUGGAGGACUCAAAGGAACUGGACCGGACCAAGAAGUCUUCUUCUGAAAGGAAAGCGUCAGCAGCCCAGUCCCAGACCGGCACCACCAAGUCAACUAAAACAUCUACCAAGUCUUCAACGACCGCAACUAAACCGCAAACUGCCGGUACCAAGAACGCACCCAAGGUGUGUGGAUCUAAUACCAAGUCAGGGAAAAGUCCCCUCGGUCCUCAGCAGCCUGACAUUGCGAAUAAUCGGUUUGUGAAGAUCGAAGGUUUACCAGAAACUGGAUACACAGAGGAAGAUGUUCUGGCUCUGGUGAAGCCUUACGGAUAUAAACCUGGACUCUACAACUGUUUCAUUCUGCCCAACCAGAGAUGGGCCAUAAUCCGUAUGGAGAGAGAACACAAGAGCUUUGCUAUGUUGACCAACUACACAGAGACCCCUCCUAAACUACUAGACCUUCCCCUCACCUUCACGCUGACCCGCCCUGAUACAAACCUCCUCCAGGUAACACACACACACACACACACACCCACCCAGUCCAGUCAUCAUAGGUGUCUGUUGUUUCUGUUUCAGGAGGGUGUGUACACCACUCUGAAGGGCCUCACCACUACGAUCUAUUUUGAGAUGGAAUCGUCGUCGGUGGCGAUGACCGUGUGUCUUCAUUUCCAGAAGUCCCCCAGUGUAGUUCAGAACAACCCUCUGAAGUUCAGCUUGCUGGUCAAGGAUAAACCAGCACCGCAGCCCCCAGCCCAGAAGACAUCUGUUGUCAGCACCAAAGCCAAGAAGAAACCAAUCAAAGGCAAGAAGCCUGUAGCUAAAGAUGUCACAACCCCAGUUAAACCUGUUACUUCCACUACUACCAGCACCAAUGCUACAGUCUCAUCCUCUCAGCCUGUUGCUGUGGCGACCAAGCAACCGGGUGACGACGUCAUUGUCGCGGAGGUCAAGCAACCAGGAAGUGACGUCGUGGUGAUGAAUUCCGACGGAAAGGCAACGGUGGCGGAGUCUGGAGGGAAAGAGGGUGGGAUUUCCUCGACUAAAGAUGGGAAGAAGAAGAACGCUCAUCCUCCCAAAGAGGAUGGAGGGAUGAAAACUGAGGAGGAGGCAAACGGAAACAAGGAAGACACUGCGACCGUCGUCGUUUCCGCCUCGUUACCUACGGUCGCCGUGUCCGCUCCUGAGGAAGAGGUCGCCAUGGAAACCCAGAGCACCGACGGCGUUGCCUCGACCAAUGAGAUUGCAGCAGGACCCAAACAGGUUCUAGCUGCGGUCCCACAACAGGGCAGUGAUGUCAUUGCGUUGGCUAGUGAAACCGUGACGACUGUGGCCACAACAGAACCUCGUCUGAUCUCCGCUGUGGAGGGAGCUGAUAACGUGGCCAAUCCCGUCGACUCUGACACCGUUGCUGCCUUGGUACCGGCACAAACACCGGGUCCUGUCCCGGUAGAGUUAAAUGUUGAAGACAAACCUCAGGACUUUCCUCCGGUCACAGAGGAGAUCCUCAAGGCCCUGGAGGCAGCGGUGCACCAACACCGUAUGGGGAGACUGGCGGAGGAACAGGCGAAACAGGAACACAACCAGGGAGAGGGGAUCCAGGCCAAGCCUCUACCCAACCAGGAGAGCCCUGCAGCUGGGGAGACGGCGGAGAGAAAGACCCCGGCUGAGUCAGAAGAGAAGACUGGGGAGAAAGAGACGGCGAAGAAAGAGGAGCCGCGACCAGAGAAGAAGACACAGCCGGACAAGAAGACCACCGACACGAAGAAGACACCUUCAGGAUCUGGCCAACCAGACCACAAGAAUGGGAAGACCGAGGCUUCCGGAGGGAGAGGCCGGCGCCUCUCCCCAGAAAGGAGAGACUCUUCAAGGCAUAGAAGCAGCCGUGCUCCUUCCGAGGAGGGCUCCCUUCGACGUCUAGACAGGGUAACUCCUCUAGCUCCUCUUCUGGCUCCCACAGGAGCAGCAGACACGACGGCAGCCCCGCCAAGAAGAAGGGGAAGAAGGGGAGGAAAGAAGAAGAAGAAGAAGACGAGAGGAGCAAGAGCCUCGGUAGCAGCAGUAAAACGACCCUCUCCUCUAGGAGCAGGUCUAAAGACACGUUGCUACGCUGGAGAUGAGUUUACGUCUGACGUCAUCCCUGGUGAAGCCAACUCCUUCUAUCUGGACCAGUUCAACAUGGACCAGUUUGUUACUGUGGAUGAGGUGCAAGGGGAUGAGGCUGAGAACACCAACCCACCGCAGUCAUCCUCAUCUUCGUCACACAAGACACAAGAUAAGGCCUCGGAAAGGUCAAAACGAUCGUCCAAACGCAAGAGGGGUACCCCAGAUACCCCAUCUACGAAAUCUAGCCUGGAGCACAAGGAGACACCCACGUCCUCCUCCUCUACCCCCCCUGCUCAGAAGACUCCACGAAAAGCCACAGCAAAAAAGGCGUCAGCUAAACCUCAACCACCUGCCACCUGUGGACGCAAGACCAGGUCAUCAGCAGCUGUUGUUGUAGCAACCGAAGCCGCAGAAACCCAGGAAGCUGCCGACGAAAACACCAGCAUAGCCAAUACGGAGGCGGAGCCUGUUCCCUUGGAGACCCGGUCUCAGUCGGAAGAGGAAGUCAUAGUGGUCACUAAGGGAUGUGACACGGAGGAUGUAGUACCGUCAUCCCACCACAAGAUGUCAGUGUUGGACACUGCAGUGACCGACAACAAGGAAGAGAAAAGUGCUGUGUCAGAAAGCGAUAUGGAGACGACCGCUGAAAAACUUCCAGAGCUAGAGGGGAGCGAGGAGACGACCCAGGCUGAAAAAGGUUCCUCGAAUCUGGGUACCGAGGCUCAGAAUGGAGCCUGUCCCCUGGAGCUUGGUCUGACCCAUCCUUCUGCCUCAGCCAAGGAGCGAAACCUUCAGAAGGCCCUGCAACUACAAGAGGUGGAGACGGUGUCGGGUCACCAGGUGCCCCAAUCACUUAUUGAUAAAGUACCAGAUGAUGAUGGUGAUUUCCAGAUACUCGACGAAGCUGUGGACGAUGACACACCUAGAGACGGAGAAGAGGGCAGUCAAGACACUCAAGAACAGUCUGGAUCUCUAUCUCUGGGUUACCAGGCGCCUGCAGCCUCCGAAUCUACAGAGUCCCAGGUGCCUCAAGCUACACUAGAGGAACACGAAGAGAUCUCCAACGACGAAGAAUCUGCUUUCCAGAUCCUCGACUCUCUAGAAGACACUGAAGACAACAUGGCCGACUCCUCUCUCGCAGGCCAAGGAGGCCGAAGAGAUUCUCUACCCAGAGAGAUGGAGGGGUUCCAGAUACUAGAUUCAGUCGACGAUCAGACAGAAACGACCCAAGUUCUGGACAACCAUACGACUGACUCUAAAUGUCAGGGGGGCUCCAAGCCUCUAAAGGGGGGUAAGAAGACACCCCAAAAUAAGGGGAAGAAGGAGAUUAAGAAGGUAUCCAAAACUCAAGAGGUGACCAAGACCCCAACAGGAGAGUCCGAGGGGGGUACCCCAAAAAAGAGUAACCUUGUCACCUUGGAUGAGGUCAGUGAGGAGGAGGAGGAUUACCCAGAUGAUGCCGCCGAAGAGGAAGAACUUAUUAAGAAACAAAAACUGGUGAAGGAUAAGCAGCGAGAGAAGGACAGAGGGAAGGAGAGAGAGAAAGGGCGGAGGAGGAGUAGAGAGAAGGAACGGACGAGGGAGGAGGAGAGAGAGGAGAGGGUCGGAGUGGAUACUGAGGGCUUGGUGACUUUGGAUGAGAUCGGAGAGGAUGAAGGAGCGGAGGGGCCUUGCCUGGAGCCACACCCCUUCAGCCAGGAGGACGAAUCAGGAGACACCUUCAACCCAGAGACUCUGGUAACCCUGGAUGAGGCUGGAGGUGAUGGGGAGGAUGAUGAGGGGGAAGAGCAGAACAAGAGUCCUGAACCAGCGCAGAACCAGCAAGCUGACCACACAGCUGAUGCUACAGGGUCUCCUGGUGCAGAGGACGACGGCAGGGGCAUGGAGGAAAUCAGGAGAAUGGACUUUGUGACCGUGGAUGAAGUGGGAGAGGAGGAGGAGGAGGCUGUUACCACAAGGAGAGGAGCCAGGGGGAGGAAGAGGGCCCGACAGACCUCUGCCAGGAAACCAGUGAAGGUGAAGAAGGUGAGAGUUAAAGAAGAGGAAGAGGAGGAGCCUCGGGCAGAUACGACUCCUCCCACUGACACAGCUUCUGUUGACGCUCCUUCCUCAUUGCUCCAAGUCGCUGUGACCUCAGAGGUAGACGCCCAACCAGCUGCCUCGGUCCCAGACCUCCAGGAGAAAGAGAGGAAGGCUGAUACCCCGGCAGACCAACCCAGCCUGGAGGCCUCCUCAGCAGGGCAGGAGAGGCAGACGGACCCCCCUGAGAACCAGAGUCUGGAGGGGAAACAGGAGACAACAGAUAUCAGUGUUGGAAAAGCUUGGACGGACUCCACGACACCACAAGAAGCCAGUGAACAGAGAAGAGAGGAGGAAGAGGAGCCUGAAUUAAAACGUUGUCGUUCUGAGUCUCCUCUGAUCACAGACUUCAAACUGCCUCCCUUCAGCCCUCACAACCCUAUAGGCCAGGACUUUGUGGUUCCUAAGACAGGGUUCUUCUGUAGGUUGUGUUCUCUGUUCUACGGGAACGAACACACAGCCAAGAAGACCCACUGCAGCAGUCUGCAACACUAUCAGAACAUGCAGAAAUAUUACCUGGAAGGAAGUACCGUCUCCAAAUGACCCCCUUGACCCUGGAUGUUUCCCAAAUGGCACCCUAUACCCUACAUAGUGCACUACUUUAGACCAGAGCACCAUAGUGCUCUGGUGGCAGGGUGCCAUUUGACUCCCAACUCAAUCUAUAUUUUCUAAUUUGUGUGUCUGAAACAACUGUAAGUCUGGUCAUAAUACUACACUAUAUGGGGAGACAGAGGAUCUGAGUACAGGAGUGUAGAUCCAGGAUCUGUCCCCCCCA